GCGGGAUUCCGGUUCCGAUUCCUCCGGAUUACGAUAACGUCAAACUCUCUUUACUGCUCCCCCUCUCGCCGUCGCUGUCAUCCAUCCAUUUCCACGAGCAGCGCGCGCUUGAGAGAGAGAGAGAAAGAAAAAAUCUGAGGAGGAAGAGGAUAAACAAGUAGAGGAGGAGGAGGAGGUGGGUGGCAGGCAGAUCCCAGCAGCUCUGCGCGGAGGGAGGCAGGCAGUCCGGCAGCAGAAUACUCUUCUCGUCUUCCUUUUUCUCUCUCGGCGAGGAGACAGAGAUCUCGCGAGUUGGAAGCUUAACUUAUUAAUACUCCUCUGAUCUGGUGGGUAUUUGUAUGAGCUCACAACACAUUCAGCAUGAAGCUUUUAGAAUACACCCCGUUUGACAGUUUAAAUGUGUUCCUCGAUGAACUGAACCUUGGUGAUUGUAUAAUUAGGGGAAGCCUUGAAGCCUUCUCAUGCAAGCAUGCUGGAAAUGAUCGCCGGCUUUCAAUAAGUCUAGAACAUGAGAUUCUUGAUUACCUCGGGAAGUCUUCUGACAGUGAUCCGCCUUCACCCGUGGAGCAUUUGUCCUGUAGAUCCAGCCGGAAAACGUUGAUUUAUCUAGUUCUCACUCUUGGUCAUAUGUAUCCAGAUUAUGAUUUCAGUGCUGUUCGGGCACACCUAUUCUUCAGAGAAGAAGACUGGGAAAGUUUCAAGCAGAUGCUAGACACGUACUUAUCAGAGGCUUCGACGCUCUGGGCGGCAAACACUGAGGGCAGUUCUCUUCUGGACAGUAUGACUAAAGUUCUAGAUGAGGUUAUCAAAAUCAGGGAGUGUGACAUCUACAGCUACAACCCAGACUCUGACGGGGAUCCAUUUCUGGAGAAAGGGGCCAUAUGGUCGAUUAACUUUUUCUUCUACAAUCGGAAGCUAAAGCGCGUCGUGAGCUUUCGGUGCUGUUGUACUAGCAAAUUAGCAGGAGAUGAUUUCCUAGCCGGUGCACUCUCCGAUAGCGAGGAGGAAGAUGCGUUGAUCGACAUGGACAUAUGACUGAUUCAGCUCCACUAGGAAACAUGACCAACCAACCCAACUAGUGUUGACCUGUUCGUGUAAUAUACCAUGACUCAUAUAUGAUGGCGGUUCCCUGUAGGAACCUCUUGGCGUAUCUGGACAGCAUACUAUCUGGUCUCUGUCAACUAUAUUUAUGUAAGUAUGUUUGUAGAUUCAAGAUUUGACCUCUGCAGAGAUUCUCAGUAAAAGAAUUGAACUGGCAAGUUAUAUAUAUAGCAUUUGUUAGGUCUCGGAAA